AUGCAACGGCACGAGUUUCAGUUCCGCUGGCUGACUCGAAUGGUAGUAGCCGCGCUAGCCAUCAUCGGAACGUCGCACGCCCAGCUCGCCUUUCACAAUGAUCCAUCCCAGAACAGCUUCUCGAUCAAGCUGCCGGCGUUUCAGCAAACAUUCACACGUUACUUUGGCAAUCAACCACACGGUGCGCUACUGCAACAGCAGCAACAACAGCAGGAGCUGCACCAACAGCAACGACUUCAACAAAAACCAUAUACAUCCACUCUUCAACAACAAUCCAAUCUGUACCAAGCGCAGCCGCAUCAACAGCAGCAGCAGGAACAUCAACCAGAGAGCUUUAACCGUCUUGUAGCCCAAUUCCCAAACCAACCGCACUAUUCGGUUCAGGAAAACUACAUCAACCCCAAUAUACUCUUGCGAUCCCAGCAGCAGCGGUACCAGCAGCAACAGCAACAAUAUCAACCGGAACCACAAUACCAAGGGUAUCCUGUACAACCGUCCGGACCGGCAGCGCAGGAAGCCGGCAGCUAUGCGACCACCAAUCAUCAACCACAGUACGAGUAUAUCCAACAGCAACAACAAGCACAGCAGCAACAGCUAAUCCAACAACAACAACUGCAAGAGCAGAACCAUGGUCUGCAGCGUACGCCUGCACAGCCAGACCAGCAACCCGGAAUGCUUGGAGACAAGCUCGUAAGCACUGCCUACUCGCCCUCGAAUGAGGUGUCGCAGGUACAGUUCAGCAGUGGAAGUCUUAAGUAUAACUUUUAG